CAGGUAAAUAAUACUAAACAACUUUGUACACAAUCAUGAAAGUCUCUAUAUAUCCUGGUCUAAAUUGCAUUUUCUUACCAAACCAACACACAACAAUGUCUUCAGCACUCCACUAUACUCUACUUAUCCUUCUCUUGGCUGUUGCACUAUCUUCAGCCGCAGCCCAGGCCAAGCCCAAAGCUUUUCUCUACUUCAUUAAAAAAGACCCUGAAGCCCUUCAGUACUCCACUACCUUAGAAUUCUCCACCCAAGUCAACUUUGUAGAUGUGGUGCUGGAUCUUGGUGGCGAACACACCUGGUUCGACUGUGACUCAUACGACUUACCAACCUAUAAGCCCAUCAGCUGUGGCACUACAAAAUGCAACAAUGUCAAGAGCAACGGCUGCAUUGGAUGCAAUCUACCUCCAAAACCAGGCUGCACUAACAAUACUUGCGGCGUGUCUUCCUACAAUCCAUUCACUAAUGAUCUUUACGCGCAAGGCCUAGGAGAGAUCAACUUAUUCAGUACAGAAACCAAUGGCCUGGCAGUCGGGGAAUUGCACAAAUUGCCUAAACCAUUUCCUUUCUCGUGUGCUGAUUCGGAUCUCUUGAGAGGCCUGUCGAAUGCAACCAAAGGCAUGACAGGCCUUGCAAAUACCGUAACUUCGUUACAUUCACAGUGGUCAUCAAAAUUUAAGUUACCUCAUAAAUUUGCUCUGUGCCUACCCUCCACUUCUGAGCUUAACCCUGGUCACAUGUUUAUUGGAGGCGGCCCAUAUUAUUUUCCACCGUACACUAAAAACAUUGCUACACAAUUACUCACUACAAAACUUGUCAUCAAUCCGGUUAGCACAGCCCCUAUAUACACCGAAGGUGACCAUUCGGAUGAAUACUUCAUAGAUGUUACGUCGAUUAGUGUUGACAACAGGCCUGUCUCUGUCAAUGCUUCUUUGCUAUCCAUUGACAUGAAUGGCUACGGAGGCACUAAAUUCACUACGGUGACUCCUUAUACCAAGUUAGAGACUUCCAUCUAUAAGGCCCUUGUCGGUGAUUUCAAGAAAGCUGCAUCACUCAGGAAGAUGAAAAGAGUGGCCUCUGUCGCACCAUUUAGUGCGUGUUUCAGAGCUAGUUCUGUAGCGACAAGCCAGACAGGACCUGUUGUGCCAUACAUUGAUAUCGGUCUGGCAGGCAAUCAGCAUUGGAGAUUUUACGGUGCUAAUUCUAUGGUCUCGCUGAAGAAGGAUGUGUUGUGCCUGGCAUUUGUGGAUGGAGGGUCCAAGCCAAGAACUUCUGUUGUCAUUGGAGGGCAUCAAAUGGAGAAUUAUCUUAUCGAGUUCGAUCUGGUUUCCUCAAAGCUGGUGAUUAGCACUUCACUUCUGUUCCGCAAUACAACUUGCCAACAGUUCCGCGUCUUGUAGAUUCAUGAGCUAAAGAUACAGAGUAGCAAUACAAUCUUGAAUAAAUUAAAAUGUCACAUGUUCUUCAGACUCUUGCUAGCUCAUAUGAGUAUGGGAUGAAACUCAUGUAGAAUUACAGAUUUAUAUUGUAGCGAAUUCGGGAAAAAUUUA